CCAUACACACAUUACUUACACAAGAGUCAAGAAACAACAUCUUUAAACACAGUAAUUACUCUAUCACAACACUUACAAAUUAAACACAGAAAUUUCCAUCAUCCAAUUAGUAUAAUUUUCAUUCACAUAUACAUAUACAUCCUUAAAAAAUGGCUUCCAAAAUCUUGAACAUGAUCAGUGCAAAUGAUGACAAAAACAUGAGAGCUUAUAUAACAUUUUUGGCAGGCAAUGGUGACUAUGUCAAAGGAGUUGUAGGGCUUGCCAAGGGUUUAAGAAAAGCCAAGAGUCGUUAUCCGUUGGUGGUGGCGGUGUUGCCGGAUGUUCCGCCGGAGCACCGCAACAUAUUGGUGUCUCAAGGCUGUGUAGUUCGUGAAAUUGAGCCGGUUUAUCCACCUGAAAACCAUACUCAAUUUGCUAUGCCUUAUUAUGUCAUAAACUACUCCAAGCUCAGAAUUUGGGAGUUUGUGGAGUUUAGCAAGAUGAUAUACUUGGAUGGAGAUAUCCAAGUGUUUGACAACAUUGACCACCUCUUUGACUUACCCGAUGGCUAUUUUUAUGCUGUGAUGGACUGCUUUUGUGAGAAAACUUGGAGUCACACUCCUCAAUAUAAGAUUGGGUACUGCCAACAAUGCCCAAACAAAGUCCAAUGGGCUGAGGACAAGUUAGGCCCAAAGCCUGCUCUUUACUUUAACGCUGGAAUGUUUGUGUUUGAGCCCAAAAUGUCCACUUAUCAUGAUCUUCUCAACACUGUCAAAACCACCACACCCACCCCCUUUGCUGAGCAGGACUUUCUAAACAUGUACUUCAAGAACAUAUACAAGCCCAUUCCUCCAAUUUACAAUCUUGUGUUAGCCAUGUUAUGGCGUCACCCUGAAAACAUUGUACUUAAUGAUGCCAAAGUUGUUCACUAUUGUGCUGCUGGAUCAAAACCAUGGAGGUAUACAGGUGAAGAAGAAAACAUGGAGAGAGAAGACAUACAAAUACUGGUUAAAAAGUGGUGGGAUAUUUAUGAUGAUAAAUCACUUGACUACAAUACAGAGGAAGCAAAACUCCAAUUACUAAAGGCGGCGUUAUCGGAAUUUAACAAUGCCUACUAUAUGUUGGCUCCAUCUGCAGCUUAACCAUGCUUAUUUGAUGAACUUAUUUUUAUGUUGUUUGUUGUAUAAUAUUAGUUUGAACUCUGAAAUUUGGACGAAAAUAUAUUCUUUUUGUUCGGAUUUUGCCUGUCACAUGAUUAGUUCAAGUUAUGUGACUCUUAAUCUAGAAUAAAGAGAGUAUAUUAGUUCUUAUGUUAUCAACCGAUAUAUGGUCUCAUCUGAAUAUUAUUAACAGAUAGACCUAAUGAAUUCGAAGAUGAUUGAUUGUAUAGUA